AGCAGUAACAAUCAUUGACGUUGAAGUGUCCGCCUCAUCUGAAUAUCUUUCAGACAGUUCACGUAGAAGAGCAGCGCAUAUUUGUCUUCUUCCACGAGUUCGAUUUCAAAAUUCCUACUCCUCGUUACCUUCCUUUAUUUUUUUUUAUUGUUUUUUUCCAAAAGAAAGAAUGAAAUAAAUAAAUAAAACUCCGUUUUUUCGCUGCAUGAGUUAAGACAGCUAUCGCGGCCGGGGUACUGCUUGAAAUAAACGUACUUCAUUACGACUUAUCAGAAUUAUUAAAAAUAUCGGAUCCUGAGUAAAGUUCAAAAUGAGGUUGUAUGUGCUUUAUUUUUACAUUUUAGCGCAUAUUUGUGUGUUUUCUGCUGGCGAGAAGAAUUUUUUAUCCGACAAAUUCAUUGAGAGAAUUAACGCUGAACAGGAUUUAUGGAAGGCGGGAAGAAAUUUUGACCCAAACACUCCACUGGCGGACUUAAAGGUACUUCUAGGCGCAAAAAUGGAAGGCAGGGACAAGAUACCAGAGACGGUAAAGACCUCGGAUCCACUGUGGGUAGACGAGAGAAAGAUUCCAAAAAACUUCGAUGCCCGCAAGAAGUGGCACAAGAAAUGCCCAAGAAUAGCCGAAGUUCUUGACCAGGGGAGGUGCGGAUCAUGCUGGGCUAUUUCUUCGGCGCAAGCCUUCACCGAUCGAUACUGCAUCGCGACGAGAGGCAAACAUCAGAUGCGUCUAUCGACAGCAAACGUCAUGUCUUGCUGCAAAUCAUGCGGGAACGGGUGCAAAGGAGGAUUGGAUGAGCAAGCAUGGGCGUAUUUCCACAAACACGGGCUUCCCAGCGGUGGUUCGUACAACACAACAGAGGGAUGCCAACCGUACACCAUCGUAUCUCCAUGCAGACAUCGGGAAAAUAUAUCACCCUACGAGAAUUGUCCGUACAGGAACGGCACUCCCGCAUGUCAGACAAGUUGCACGAAUACAUUGUACGGUAAAAGAUUAGACGAGGACUAUCGUUUCGCUAAGAAACCUUACCAUUUACCUAACGAUGAAAAAGCUAUAAUGAGGGAUAUUAUGGCACACGGUCCGACGACAACUGCGUUUGAGGUGAUGAACGACUUCUUCAGCUAUAAAUCAGGAGUCUACGAGCCGUCCAAAGAUGCAGAGUUUGUAGGAGGCCACGCGGUGAAGUUGAUAGGGUGGGGCGUGGAGAAGAACGUCCCGUACUGGUUGAUUAUGAACUCUUGGAACGAAUACUGGGGCGAUCACGGGCUGGUCAAGAUGAGGCGAAACCAUCCAGGAAUCAAACUGGAAGAAGAAUGUUGGGCUGCAGUGCCCGAUACGAAAAGAGGCCACAGUCACAACCUCAACAAGGAUUACGAGAAUCUGUAAGGCCUACGCCUACCGUUAGUUUAAGAAGAAGGCAGUGUGCCUUUGUAGGGACUGAGUUGAUUCUUAUGGUCAAGAAUGGUAAGGAAACACACCUGGAGAUAUUUUGGCUCCGCUUCUUUUGAAUACUCUGUAGAAAUGUCAAGUACUCACGUUCGCAAUUUUUUUUUUUUUUUAUUAUUUUUUAAUUUUUUUAAAAAAUUGAAGAACGGCGGAGAUACUUUGGAAAAAAAAGUUCGAUAAAGGAGCCGAGGGUUUGGUGUUCCACAUUGUCAAACUAUUCGGUUCGUAGAAUCAGACUUGGGAUUUGUCAAACCGAAAAUUUGGUUCAAGAGAUCAAAUUUAUAGAUUGAGCCAAAGUGUAAGAAAAAAAUCAGUCACAUGCUCAAUUUUUUUUUCAUUGAUUUUUAUAUGUUACAUGUUUUUUUAAAAUUUGAUUUCUAUUAAAAAUGACCAUGCUGCAUUUCA